AUGGCUGAUACUUUGAAGCAGUCUUUUAUGGAUUGCCAGCUUUCCUGUACAUCACCUCUUCCAUGGAUUUGGGUCAUUGAGACACUAGCAUGCUCUGACCAAGUUGAUACAACUCUUUUACUAGAUUUACUUGAGAGAACACCAGAGGUAUCUGAUGAUCAUGGUAAAAAUGCAAGGGAAAUGGUAUCAUUGAGAAUUUUAGAGAGUUUAUUCAUUCAAGGAGCUCGUGUAAAUACAGUAUCUUCUACCUCGAUUCAAAAAAUUAAAUUAGAUCCAUCUAAAGAUAGCUGUGAAGAUGUCCUUCAACGAAUAUUGACUGAGGAUUUGACCAAGAUAUCUCCACUGCAUCUGAAACCUCCUUUCCCAGAGAUGUCAAAAUGGGACCUUCAGCCUUUUAUCCAGUAUAAAAAAUCUAGCUUGACUCGGCAUGCUUUAGAGAAGCUGAAAAAUGCAGUGCGUACAGGAGGCCAUUCUUUCCUUGCAUCUUUGAAGGAACGAAGUGGUUUGAAAGAUAAGAAAGAACCUGAGCAUGGAGUAACUGGUGCCGAUGAUGGUGACGUCUCACGAAGAGAUCUACCGGAUGAGAAUAUAGCACCACUUAACAGGAAAAGAAGGGCCACUAGUGAGAACCUGACAGAAGAUGUCUCUGAAACGCAUGUUGAGUUAGUCAAGAAGAAUAAGCAUGACAUCAUUUCCUAUGAACAGAAUGUAGGUGAGAAAGUGAUAUCUGCGGCUGAUGAUGCACAAUUAGCCGAUAAGCCUGCAGAAUCUGUGAAGCACAGUGAGGGAAGAAGAUCCAGUUUGGGAACAGAGUCUUGUGCUGGGGACGUGGAGAUGGACAGACCUUCUAACGAAAUUGGGUGUACUUCACCGAAGGGGCUUGGUGGUUCUAAUGACGUUUUACCAUGUGAGAAGCUGGUUCUUUGUGACACUGAACCGAAUAACAAAACUGAGGCUAAGCGUGGCCAAAACCAUGACGUUGAGGGAGAAAAAGGUGACGAGAAAGUGGAAGAAGUCGAUACCAUUGGAAAUACUGAUGGAAAAAAUGAUGACCAUGCUGAUAUUACCACAACGGAUGCAACGGAACAAGAAUCCUUGACAACAACUACAUGUAGAGAUCAAAAUAUGGCAGGUGCAUCCACGAGAGACAGUGGUGAAGAAAGGUGCAGUUUAGGGAAGGAGGCUGAUGUAGAGGUAGUGGAGCAAAGUAGACCUCUGGAAGAUGUUAAUGACAUGUAUACUUUAUUAAAUCAUGUUACUCGGGAUGGAGUUUUGCCUCAUGACAAUCAGGCUCAAGAUUUGGUACCACCAUGCCAAAAUGGCAAUUUUGAUGGUGAGGAGAGACAAGAUCGCGACAGUGAGAAUCCAGCAGGUGAUGAGAGUCUUCUGCGUGGGCUCAGAACAACAAAUGACGUGGAUCGAUUGCAACCAAGUGUUUUGGGGAAUCUCCCAAAUAUUGAUGAAAAUGAAGAUUUCAAUAUAUCUACUGACAGUGAUGGAUGCCAUGACGAAAGGACUAAUAUUGCUACGCAGAAGAAAACAUUUUUGAGCUCCCAGUGCACAUACAGUCAAGAUUCUUUGGCUACAAUUGAUUGGAGAGGAUUAAAUUUAUGUGUAAAAUGUAACUUGGGCGGAAAAUUACUGGUUUGUGGUUCAGAUUCCUGUCCUCUAGUAAUUCACCAGAGCUGUUUGGGUUCAGAUGCUGACUCUGACACAACUGGGGAAUUUUACUGCCCGUUUUGUGCAUAUUCUCGAGCAAUUUCAAAGUACAUGGAGAUUAAGAAAAGGACUGCCCUGGCAAGGAAGGACUUGGCAACUUUUUUCUGCUUGGGGACCCAGAAAGGAUCAGAAAAACAGUCUCGGAGAUUAUAUAAGGCGAAUGAAAAUAAUUUGGAACAGGAUGAUGGUUUGCCUAAGGGUAAUGAAUUGAAAAGGAGAGCAGAAAGGGUCAGUGAUCGUCAUCGGAGGAGGAAAUUGGAAUAUGAACAGCCAGGUCUUUCAGAACACAGUCCUCCUUUUGGAAGAAAAGUUUUAGCCUCAACCAAUACCCAAUCUCCGAAAGGUGGGGAAUCUUUCAAAUCUCAGGAAGGUAGUGGAGAACAACAGAGACCUGCAGUGGAGAUUGACAUAUCUCGGGGAAAAAGUACAUCCAACCAGGUUAUUGAGGGACAUGGUAGGAGUGAGAAGCGUGCCAAUAUUGGAUCCAAAAGGGGAACUUUGCGUUCACCGGAAACAGACUUACCUCAUGGAAACAAAUCUUCGCGAAGCUCUCAAUCCACUGACGUGGAAGAAACAUCAGAGCAAGAAAAUGAGAACUCAGGGCCCUCCAAGAACUUUGUAAGAGUUCGAAAACAAAAAACGAAACCUUCAUAUCCAGCCAUUCCUCAACUGAGACGGAAACGAAUCCCCUGGACUAGUGAAGAAGAAGAAAAGUUAAAGGAGGGAAUGAGGGUACACUGUAGCCCACACGACAAACUAAUUCCGUGGAAGAAAAUUCUGGAACAUGGGGCCGGUGUCUUCCAUCAAUGUCGUAGCACUGUUGAUCUCAAAGAUAAAUGGAGGAAUAUGUGCAAAGCAAGUCCGAAAAAGCCCUAG